AUGCCGAACAAACCGAAAGUAACUACAAACAUCCAGGAUUUACCUCCUGAAGUACUGCCUCUCAUAAGAUUACAUCUCAAUGGUCCGAGAAGUAAUGGUAAUCAAAGAGGCAUGACAGCCAAUGAGUCUUCUGUAUUUACUGGGCUUUUGUAUUACAUUCUGGAACGUCCAAUUGCUAACAGCAUCGUAUCUGUUUCAAUAAGUACAUAUACAUACUUCGAUAGCGAUUUACAAGAUCAUCUCCGCUUGAUAUCGAAACUCCCUCGGUUAGAAAUGUUGAAAAUUGGUCCACAAAGUUUACGCUCUGCCCUUAAAUCGAAUUUACGUUUUCGCACAUUGAAAGCACUGAUGAUGGACACAGUUUCAUUCGUAGCACCUCCCUCAUUGCUUAGAGACAGAAGGCAAAUUUUCCCCAAGUUGGCGACAUUUUUUAUCGAGUCAAAUAAUUUCGUGCACUGGAUGACAAAGAAAAUGGGCUAUAUGCCUAAUUGUAUUGAGAAAGAUAAUUUACAUCACGUUGAACAAUAUUGGACAGACUUCAUUGAGGACAAUGGAUCAUCCAAACCAAAUUAUACUAAAGAGGUGUAUGAAAUAUUCUAUCGUAAUGAAGAACGUCUUACACUUUUAUGGGCUGAUAGUAGAAAGGUUUGUAGGACAAUCAAAGUUUCAAAUGUACCUUUAAGCAUAUUAAUGCCUAUUGUCAAUAGCAAUACAUCCCAUCAGC